UCUUGUAUCUAUCAAUCUGGAUAAGGUGUUCAGAAAAUAUCUUGACGCUUCUUCAGUUAUAAAAGUCUAUAAAACAAGAUAUGUUCACAUAUCUCCUGUUUGACUGCAUUUGUCAGAAUAUACGUAGAUAAUGUCAUUGCACACGUAUUAAUAAGUAACAAUAAACGACAGGAAAAGUUUUAGCUUGGCAAGAAAGUGAAAAAAUAUUUAAUUUAGAAUCGGAGUCAGAUGAGGAAUGAAGCAGAUAAACCAUAUAACAGUCUGUUCAUUUAAACAUUGCAAACGCGAAACACAAUUUUAAAAAAUUAACCCAUUAUUGGUGCUUAGAGCUCCAUUUUUGGAACUGUACAUAACAUUGUAACAAAAUACUUUGUUCUCUACAAAUUCUUGUUCCUAGAAUAUUUGUAGGUACGCGAAAUGGGUGAAUACCACAUCAAAAUAUAUGUUGCGUAUUUGUUAGGUGCAUGUGUAGGUCACAAUGACGUCUACUUUCGAACUCAGAUGAAACCAAGGGAAAUAAUCGUAGACACAUCCAACACUUUGCCCACGAAUUUGGCAGACAAUUUUUUCCAGUUUACUAAAACGAGGCAAGUGUGUACAAAGCUUCCGGUUUAUUCACAUUUCAGAUUUACAACUAAAACGAGACAUGUUUGUAUAGAGCUUUCGGUUUAGUCACGUUUAUUGUUAAGGUUCGACGAGACUAACAGGGGAGAACUUAGCAAGUGUUGGUCUCGGUAGACACGUUUAUACUUUGCCUCACUAAAGUCGUUUUGUGCCUCCACAAUAUGAGAGUUCUCUUCGAGCAUGUCGAUGUUUGAAAACAUCUUUGCCAAUGUGGAAAUCAGCUGAGUUUAUAACUCUUAAGUGUCCAAACUCAAACACAUGCUUUAAUGUGCGAGUCUGCGAGAGAUCUGCAGAGGCAGCUGAUAUGUAAAGCAAACAUUUCAGAUUGGACUAACUUCGUCAACUCUAUAAAUGGCGUACAUCAAGCCCCACUGUAAUCCACGUAAGGUUCUGGCUUGUGGCAUCUGCCAAGAACAUUGUGAACAAACCCAGAUAUUUUGUGACUUAUGUGCCAGAUGGUUACAUAUCCACUGUGAGAGCGUAAGCAAUGAGCACAAGCAGAAAUUAGAAGAACUGCCUUCUUGUUUGAAAUACAUUUGUAAGCAGUGCAGGAAGGAUGCCCAUGGAUUGUUUGACUUUGAGAAGGCAUUGCAGAGGUUACGAAAGGCUGCUGUCCAAAGUAUAACAAAGCUACAAUCAUGUGUGGAACAAGAGCUUUCAUUCUUGGAGCCAUUCAAAAGUCUUCAAGGAUUUGGGAGCCUAGCAGUUGACAUGUAUUCCAAGGAUCUUCUAGCUGCAUACAUGCCAGAUGAUCAUGGCAUCCCCGCCUGCAAUAUAGCUAAUGGGGAUGCACUUUUCAGGGCAGCAUCUAUUGCUGUUAGUGCCAAAGACUCGCUGGUGACAGAACUGCGUGUAAGGACCUGUAUAGAAAUGGUGGCUUACAAGAGCUUCCAUCGCUGGCAGAAGAACCAUGCAGCACUCGCAGCCUGUACUCCUGAUUAUGAUGAUAGCUGUCUGGACUGUGCAUUUCAGGAGGAAGGCACUUCAGCAUGGACUAUUUCUGCCUUAGCUAGUGUUAUCAACCGCCCCAUUGUAUCUGUCUACCCAAGAGUUAAUGGCCCUACAGACAAAACUUCAGUGACCCUGAACACUGUCUUUCUUCCUCGAACUCGUGAAAACUAUGAGCAGCCCAUUCGAAUUAUGUGGACUCGAAACCAAACUGAUAUUGAAAAUGAAAUUUGGAUACCUGACCACUUUGUGCCAUUGUUUGAUCAGGAUCCUCCAGAAUAUUCCAUCCAAGAGGAUCAUGGGCAGAAACAAACAGAGUCAAAGCUAUUGAAGGACUAUCCUGGGCAAACUGGAGAGUCACCUCCAGAUAAUGCUAAGCUUGCACCUUCUGUAUCUAUGGACAUACUUGAAGUAGAAAAAGACUUUGUGACUCUAGCAGAAGGUGGACAACCUCUGGAGUAUGAGAAGUUCAUGACAGUUUUUGAAUGCUAUGAUAAGGUGACAAAUGCAACAAAUGUACUUGAUAGCAUUCCCAAAGGGAAAAAGGAAAAUGUCUUUUUUUUAAUUGACAAUAGUUACAACAUGCAGCAUCCUCAGAAGAGAAACUUCUUUUUCGAUGACUGUGGUGUGUGGGAUGCUCAGCGUGGCACUUGUGUCAAAACACAUUAUAUCCUGCAGGAGAAUGGAGAUCUUCGAACCUGUAAAAAGCACAAAGGUGUUUUUUGCCAGCUUCAGGUAAGCAAGAUGCAAAAGACAUGGAUGCCACUCAAAGAGCAACCAGGUCCAGAUAAAAUAGUUGAAUGUUUCCGGUACUACUCGGUUCUGAAAAGAGACUUCAGUUACAGGCGCCGUUUCAUGUGGUUCAAGUUUCCCUCUCAAGUGAAGAUAGGAAAGAUAGCUGUUGUAGAAUACUUGGGAAAAUAUCCAGGCCCACCAGUCUUGCAUGGUAAUGCCAAGAAGCGGAAGCAGUGUUAUGUGCGCACGGACCCGCGGAUCAUGGACAAAAUUGCAGAGCAAGUGAAAGCUGGGGAUGUCACACCAGGCAAGCUGUUUCAGGACAUUUGUAGACUUAUGGGAUCUGAAAACACGUUGAGAAAUCCAAGGCAGAUUAGCAACUUGAAGUACAGGCUGAAAAGGAAGCUUCAGAGGGAAGAAAGAGAGCAGGGAGACAAAGAUUUAAAGCAGGUGCGGGCCAGUGAAACACAAGCAGGCUGGUCAUCUGAUGUGUCGCAUACAGUCACUGCAAUUGUGAUAGACCCUGAUGACACAGAAUCAACUGGGAAAAGGUACAUUCUUUCUGAAAGCAUGGAGCCUUCUCAGGCAUCGAGAGUUAUUCAUUUGGUGGAGGAUUCAGUCAUGGUUAUGGAACAUGACCGUCCACCUGUUGCAGAACUCUGAGGGUCAAGCUGUAAAUUUACAUCAUGCUGUUACGGUAGUGAACAGAGAAAGUGAACUUUCUCUUGUCAACAUGGGUGAGAAAGUCAUUCAAACAGAGGUGGGUGCACAAACUUUUAUCAUCACAGAGUCAGUAAUAGACUGUACUUGAGUGAAGCCAAAAGUCAUUCCAUUGCAAUUCUUAGGUUUUUAAAAAAAUUUUUUUGAAAUGUUGACUUUUGUUUGCUUGCAGCAGCUUGUUGCAUAUUUUAACUUUUAAAUAGCCUGUGGCAAUAUUGUUAAGCUGACAAGCGUGUUCAGCUGGUUUGAUCUACAUGCUGAGCAAAAGUAAGCUUACCCAUGGAUUUUUAAAUUAUAUUUUUAAAGUUUUUAAAUUGGUCAUAUUUUACUGGGAGCUGGAUGAAAGAGUGUGACCUCCAGCAUCCAGGGGUUAGAUGUAUGCAUACAUUACACUGCUAUACUAGGCAGAUGGCUCAUGUAGCAGUCCGUUACAAUGCUUAUAAAAUAUUAGGUUUUUCAUAUGAUGAUGCAUAUACCUCUUGUGUGCACGCACAUGUGUGAGGAAGACCAUUUAGGGUGGUAGAUGGAUGUAAUGAUUUAUGUUCUGUUCUUGCGAGUGUUACACUAUUUACACAGUUGCGUAUGAAUAUUCCCUUUUGGAAUACCAUAAUUUUUCACGUCGCAUAAAUGUUUGGCAGCAAAAUAUCUACAUGAAUUUCUCUUUUAAGGCAAUAAAACUGUAUCUGUAGAUCCUAUCCAUUUUAUAAAACAUUAGCGAUUAAGCUGACUGCAUGGUGUUAAACCAUCUAUCCUAUGUCUAGGGAUUUGCUUUGAACCUGAGUCUAGAUGGACAAUACAUUUCUGAUUGUUAACACCUGUAGUCUUUAAAACUGGGCUCUAAAGGAUGUUCCUAACCAUGAUUCACACCACAGUUGUAGAACUUUUUAAACUAAAAUUGUUUUAAAUAAGAUAGUUUAAACUAUUCAUUCUGAUAAAAAGUGGUGGAACAUGGAAAAUCAGUGAAAGGAAAACUAUUCAUAUGCAGUGGGAGAAUAACUGCUGUUUACUUGUCAAACUCAAGAUUAGCAUAACAGUAUGGCAUAUGUGGUGAAUGUAGUGAAUAUGAACGACAAAGGGAACAGUGCUCAUGCAGCAUGCAAUGCCCCUGGUCCAUAGGAACCUGUGUGCCCCACAAACACAAACCCUGUGUGGAGAAAUUAAACAGCAUAAACUUCUACUGAAACCGGUCUUACUUUUUCAUCCCUGUAUGGUAAUGCAAGCACUGUGGAACCAUAAGAGGUUAGUGUGAGAAUAGCCAAAGCAUAGCGGGUGGCGGACAAACUCGAACUGGAUGAGGGCCAGCCUGCACCAAUCUGUGGUAAAAUUAGCUAAGGGAGAAAUGGCAUGUUAAAGGAAAAUGUGUGUAAGGAGAAAAUCUGGACACCAGUGCCCUCUGAGUGGCUAUCGGAAUUAUGGUACUUGAAAGCUCAGGCAACAGUGCUCACUUGGCAGUAUGAUUCACCUGAUCAAUAGGGACCUAUGUGUGUGUCCUGUAAAUAAAAGAGGGACCUGGGCGAAAUAAAAUGGCAUAGACCUUGUUUACACUUACUCAGAGAACAAUCUUCUCUAUUCUACCUAGUGAAAAGCAAAUGGUCCCAUUGCCUGGUGGCUAAUCUAAGGAAAGGUAAAGAUUAAGGGAGCACAGUAAAUCAUAAUGCUAACAUGGAAUCAUUGGGCAAUGGCUUUCUUGAUAAAAGUACUGGUGGGGUUCUUUUUCUUGAUAAAAGUACUGGUGGGUGGGUUUUUUUUUUUUUUUGGUUACUGACAAACUAUAGGUUAUAACUAUAUACUAACCACCAUUGGACCAAUGACCAGCCACGUACACAAAUAUUCAGCAUUUUUAUUUGAGCCUUAGUUUUUACUAAUUAGUACUAAUACUGGUGCAUAUGAGGUACUACAGCGACUGUGUAAUUUUCAUUUUUGAUUAGACUUUUACAAAUAAAACAUGUGAGGGGCUGAUAUAGUCUUAAAAUAAAACUGACAAUGCUAUAUAGAUUUUAAUAUUCCCACAAUUAUUGGGACUUGGAUCACAGAAAACAAUAUUUGGAGGAGUGCAGAUACUUUUAAAAUGGCUAACGCUCUAUGACAUGUAUCUGGAAAUGAAGUAGUAGCAGCAUGAGAAUUGAGUUAGAAUAAUGGUUUACUUGAUUACAAGUGCUGGCAUUUUACACAAACAUUGCAUCUUUACAAAAGGCAAAAUUUAGUUCGUGUGCUGUUGAAAAAGGACGUUCUUUAAGCAAUGAUUCUAAAUACUUACAACUGGAACUAUUAGGGUCAAACUUGGUUCUACCCUCUGAUUGCCUAGCUGGACAUAAUUAAACUUUUUGACAAUCACUCUUUUCAAAGGUGUUGUGUCAACAGAUUUGCAAAGUGUUCUAUAGAAAGUGAUCAAUGUGUGCAGAUUCUUUCAGUAUAAGACAUUUAUUCUAGUUUUAUAAUGGACUUUGUUUUACUUAGCCUCUUGCAAAUCCAGCUACAAGAGCUUGACUUGUUCAUGUCAAACCCCUCCCCCACUAACAAAAAAAAAAAAGUAAAAAAAAAAAA